CGACGCCGACAUGGAUAUAGGAAGACAUGCGCAUCAACGAGCAUACUGCUGUCUCGACGACGAAAGUCCUUCUAGUGCCAUACUCGGCGCACCACGUACCAAAGUAUCAUGAAUGGAUGAAGGAUCCUGAUAUCCAAGAAGCCACAGCUUCCGAGCCUUUGAGUCUCGAAGAGGAAUAUGCAAUGCAACGAAGUUGGCGUGCCGACGCAGAUAAAAUGACCUUCAUUAUCUGCCUUCCGGCGUCCGACCACCAACUCGGGACUCCAGCAAUCCGCGAUGCAGCACUUGAUAUACCGUCCAUGAUCGGGGAUGUCAAUUUGUUCAUAUCUACGGCCGAAGACGAAGAGGGAGCAAGCAGCCAGGUUGUAGCCGAGCUCGAGCUCAUGAUCGCCGAGCGAAGCGAACACAGGAAAGGCUAUGGGCGUGGCGCACUACUCGCUUUCCUGGCAUACAUCAUCAGGCACGAGAUGGAUGUAUUGCGGGAGUUUAAUGCUGGUCAGGACUCUGCUGUUGGGUCCCCAUCUCAAUUCGACCAUCUAGCCGUGAAGAUCGGCCAAACUAAUCACGGCAGCAUCGCACUCUUUGAGGGUUUGGGUUUUCGCAAAACGAGCGAGGAGCCUUCAUAUUUUGGAGAGUACGAGCUGCGUUUGAGCAGGGCUGCGGUUCAUGCGCUGGUGACCAGUAACGGCUCUGGCACGCCGUCGCUGGAUGGGUAUAUGGAGGUCGAGUAUUUAUAUCGCGCUGGGAAUGUAGAUAUGGAUACUUGAGGCUAGCUGCCCUGAAUGCAAGAAGUAGGGACAACUUGCGAGAACUGAACACAUUACUGCAUUCUCAAAGCAUCGAUAAUGAUUUAUUUCCUGGUCAAGACCAGCACAUGCUUUAGUUUCUAUACACUUUUUUCAUCAAGCAUGCGCCUUUGCACAUUCUGAGUUCAUAUGCACGAAUGUUUCUAGGUUGAUUGCUG